UACUUAAAUCGCGGUAGUCGAUAAGCAGUAGGUAAACUCGCUAUGCUAAAACAAGUUUCUCCACAUAAGAUCUUGAAUCUUGUUGCAAAUCGCACCUCACUCAGAGUCAUGUCUACAAUCAAAACUGUUAAUUUUAAUACUAAACAUUUGAAAAAAGGGGAUCCCCUGCCGCCAUGGAAUGGAAAACUUAGAUUAUAUAACAUGCGUUACUGCCCUUUUGCACAUCGAUCAGUAUUGGCAUUAAUUGCUAAAAAUGUUGACUACGAAAUAGUGAACAUUGACCUCAUGAAUAAGCCAGAAUGGUUGAAAUCUAAAAGCUCUUUAGGUAAAGUGCCAGCACUUGAAAUAUCGGAAAAUGUCUGUGUAAUAGAAAGUUUAAUCGUCAGCGAAUACAUAGACGAAGUGUUUCCGCAAAGAAAAUUAUUACCACAGGACCCAUACACAAAAGCGAUUGAUAAAACCAUAGUCGAAAUGACUGGCCCCAUACAUUCACUGUUUUUCAAGAUCAUUAGAGAUACUCCGGUCACAGAUGACGCAUUAAACAGUUUUAUAAAUGCAUUAACAUUUAUUGAAAACGAACUAAAGAAACGUGGGACAACUUUCCUUCAUGGAAACGAACCGGGCUAUGCUGAUUAUAUGAUCUGGCCGUGGUUUGAAAGACUACCCGUUGCGGCCGAAUUUGAUAAGAUACUAAGCAUUGAUGAAAAGAAAUUUCCUGUCUUGGCACGCUACCUAAGAGAAAUGGAAAACGACCCAGUUGUUAAAGCAUACAAAAUACCAGUUGAAAUUCAAAAAAAAUAUUUCGAAAAUUACAGAAAAGGAGAGACUGAUUAUGAACUUUUAAGUUAAUCUGUUUUUGCACUUUUAUAAAAAACAUUAAAAUAAAAAUCAUUGUAAUCAUCA